CAGAAUCUUAAGUUGAUGUAUAAGACAACACAAAACUAUUCGUAUGCAGGUAAUUGACUAAAAAUGAAAUAUAGACUUGCUAUCUAAAUAAGGAAUUUCAGAUAAUAGCAGAUUCGGAAUAAUAUUUGAUAAAGAGAACUCCUAUGCACUAUUACAAAGAAAAAAAUAGCUUAAGAAUAAAGAAAGCAGUACUUCAAGUUAAUAAAAAAAUGAGAAUCGUUCAAAGAGUGGAUUGAUGAAAUCUGCAUCACUUUAAUAAUUCUAUCGUGCCUAAUCAGCUAUUGAUAAAAAUUCAUAUCAAUAUUAUAGAGGUAAUCAAUAACAAAUAAAGGAAAUGAAGAAUGUUUCAUAUCUCUCUUUACUUUAAUAAAAUGGUUAUAAAUUAAGACAUAUUCAAACAAAAUAAACAAAAGAAUAAAAUAGUAAAGUGAGUGAGUUUUUAUAUAAUGAAUAUUAAAAAUAGAGACCUUUUGAAAGUUAGGCUUACAAGAGAUUAAAUGAAAAAUUAGAGUAUUUAGAAAAAUAGUUUAAUUAAUUAAAGGAUUCAUUUAUUAAUUAAAGUGAAAAUUCAUAAGACAAAAAAACAGAUAGAAUAAAAUAGAAACAGAAUGCUUUAGUAUCAAAAUACUUCCCUAAAAAAUUUAUUGAAAAAUAAAAUGAAAAGUAAAGUAACUAAGAAGAAAAGAAAGUGAUCAAGGAUAUCAAUUCAAUCUUCAAUCUUUAUUCAUAAAUUAAGGAAAUAAAAAGCUAUACUCCAAAUUCAUAAUUAUUGAAAUAAACUUAGGACAGAAAGAUUGGAUAACUAUAAGAUUUUGUUACUUAAAUUAAAAGGAAUUUAAAUAAAAAUUCUUAAUUAUUAAAAGGUUCUUUUGUUAAUCAAACAAACACUAAUCAUAAUAAAUCAGAAAGAUAAUUAUCAAUGGAUAGCAAAUAUUGUUAUCUUAAUAAAAUGAGUGAAACAUAACCUAAUGAGCCUGUAAAAAAAUUAAUUUAAUUAGUUUUUAUACUAUAUUUCUACUGUAAUCUAAGCUAUAAAAAAUAAGAAACCUACCCAACUUGAUGAACUCAUCAAAGAUCAUUUUUCACAAACAUAUCAAGUGAAUAUAGUAUUGAUAAAUUUAGGGAUUAAUUUAUGCAAACAAACUAGAAAUACAAUUUGAUAAAGAAAAAAUUAUUAAGUUACCAAGAUCUAAUAAUCUUAAAACAAUAGUAUUUGAUUUAGAUGAAACAUUGAUUCAUUGCAAUUCAAAUAUUUCAAUUUAAGGAGAUGUUAUUUUACCAAUCCACUUUCCUAAUGGUGAAUCUGUUUAGGCUUCAAUCAAUAUUAGACCAUAUGCUAAAUAAAUCUUAUAAAAUUUAUCAAGACAUUUUGAAAUUAUUAUUUUUACAGCAUCCCAUUCUUGUUAUGCUAAUAUUGUUAUAGAUUAUUUAGAUCCAAAAAAGUAGUGGAUUUCACAUCGAUUUUUUAGAGAAAAUUGUAUCUAAACAUUAGAAGGAGCUUAUAUUAAGGAUUUAAGGUAAAUCUAAUAUAUUUUUAGAGUAUUAGGAAAUCGAAAAUUAUCAAAUGUCUUACUAAUAGAUAAUGCUUCCUACUCUUUUAGUAAACAAAUUGAUAAUGGAAUUCCAAUUAUUGCAUAUUAUGAUAAUUAAGAUGAUUAAGUAACUUUUGAUUUAUUAUUUUAAUAGGAAUUAUUACAUUUAGAAAAUUAUUUAUUAAAUUUUAGACAUGUUAAAGAUGUUAGAGAUUUAAAUUAAAAAUAGUUAAAAUUAAAAUAAUUUUUAGAUUAUUGUGAUUUUAAUGAUUUGUAAAAUAAUUUAUAUAGUAUGUACUUUUGA